GGGAGAGAAAGGGCCUGGGGCAGGGCAAGCCUAGGAUGGAGAGGCUGAGGGUGAGGAAGGUGAAUGUGUCCAGCUGUACCAUUUAGCCCAAGGGGAGACUCUGAUCUCUGGGAACUGGUGGAACAGCUACUCAAAGAAAAGUUACCACCCGACCUACCCUUCUUAGUCCCGGAGGAGAGCGCUCACACCCUCCUGAGCGCUCACACCCUCCUGACACUCCACGCCCACCCUCCCUCGAGAAGGUAAAUAGGAGGCGAGUCUGCGAAAGAAAACAGGGUAUUAAAGCAGCUCCGUGAGAGCUAAAGCCCAGCUGAGAGUGUGAGCACGAGGUCGGUGUCCCGCGGAGGAGACAGAGGGCAGCUUUGUGUGGGGCCCCAGCCGCCUCCUAUCUCCCUGCUGCUGGUUCCUGGGGAACAUGCGGGGGCUCCUGCUUUCCACACUCCUGGGCGCUGCUCUGGCACAGUUCUGCUGCAGGGCGCAGGGCGGCGGGCCGCCAGACACGCCCCCUGAAGGGAGGCCUGGAGAAGCGUCGGAGGUGCACCAGCGUAAACAGUUCUGUCACUGGCCCUGUCAAUGCCCUCGCCGGAAGCCCAGCUGCCCUCCUGGAGUGAGCCUGCUGAGGGACGGCUGCGGAUGCUGUAAAGUCUGUGCCAGACAAGCAGGGGACAUGUGCAACGAGGCCGACCUCUGCGACCCGCACAAAGGGCUGUACUGUGACUACUCGGCCGACGGGCCUAGGUACGAGACCGGAGUGUGUGCGCAUCUUAUGGCUGUGGGAUGUGAGUUCAACAGGGUACAUUAUCAUAACGGCCAAGUCUUUCAACCCAAUCCCCUGUUCAGCUGUCUCUGUGUGAGCGGGGCCAUUGGAUGCACACCUCUGUUCAUACCAAAGCCAGCUGAUGGUCACUGCUCUGGGGCUAAAGGUAGAAAGAAGUCUGAUCAAUCAAACUGUGGCCUGGGACCGUUCCAACAGCAGCUUUCAACAAGCUACAAAACAAUGCCAGCUUAUAGGAAUCUCCCACUUAUUUGGAAAAGAAAAUGUCUUGUGCAAGCAACAAAGUGGACCCCUUGCUCCAGAACCUGUGGGAUGGGAAUAUCUGAUAGGGUGACCAAUGAAAAUAGCAACUGUGAAAUGAGAAAAGAGAAAAGACUGUGUUAUAUCCAACCCUGUGACAGUAACAUAUCAAAGAGAAUAAAGAUCCCUAAAGGAAAAACGUGCCAACCCACUUUCCAACUUCUCAAAGCUGAAAAAUUCAUCUUUUCUGGAUGCUCAAGCACUCAGAGUUACAAACCCACUUUCUGUGGAGUAUGCUUGGAUAAGAGAUGCUGUGUCCCUAACAAGUCUAAAAUGAUUACCAUUCAAUUUGAUUGCCCAAAUGAAGGGUCGUUUAAAUGGAAGAUGCUGUGGAUUACAUCUUGUGUAUGUCAAAGAAACUGCAGAGAUCCAGGAGAUACAUUUUCGGAGCUCAAGAUCCUAUAA